AUGGCGACGCAGGAGUUUGCUGGUGCUGUAACAGCGGUGUUUUGGAACAUCGAUACGUGUCCCGUUCCCCGAGGCUUUGAUGCUCGUCGGGUGUUUCCAUGUAUGAAACGGUAUCUGGAGAAAUUAGGUUACACGGGGCCUCUCACCAUGAAGGUAUUUGGCACACUAAAAGACACCCCUGCUGAUCACCUGGAAGCAGUCUCUUCCACUGGAUUCCUUCUUUAUGUCGACCCCUUCGGUUCCGGUUCCAACAGUCUUUUGGGGUAUAUGUCUCUAUGGAGAGCACAUAAUCCACCUCCAGCAAAUUUCAUGGUCAUAACCCAUUCAACAGACCACGUUGCUCCUAUUGACUUGAGCAGGCUACAAGGCUGGAGGUACAACGUUGUUACUCCGUAUCCACUUGGUCGUCCCGCCUCCUCCACUAAUGCCUGGGAAAGCUUUCUUCUCGCGGAGUCAAGGGCACUUGAGAAGGAGAAUGAUUACAGCAUUCAAACGGUUGAAUCUUCCUGGGUUUGCGAAGUAUGCUGUUCCGUUACCGGCCGAGGCUUUGACAAUUUCACCACGCAUAUGUCUAGUAAAGAACAUGCAUAUUGGAAGUCCACGUAUCUCCCUAUUGCACAGGAUGAGUAUGAGGAAGAGGAAGAGGAAGAGGAAGAGGAAGAUGAAGAUGAAGAUGAAGAUGAAGAUGAAGAUGAAGAUGAAGAUGAAGAUGAAGAGGAAGAGGAUGAGGAUGAGGAUGAGGAAGAGGAAGAGGAAGAGGAAGAGGAAGAGGAUGAGGAAGAGGAAGAGGAAGAGGAAGAGGAAGCCUGUGAAAGCAGCCAUUUACUGUUGUAA